AUGGUGUUGAAUCCAACUAGUUGGGAGAAGUUUCUUUUUGUUGAAGAUUUUUCUGAUAGAUUUGGUCCUCUUCCAGGUCAAUUAUCUUCACCAGAUUCAAUCUAUGAGGACUCUUAUGUUAUCUGUAGCCAUUCUCUGAACCUUAACAAUCUAGCCUUAUUAAAUGAAAUUGACACACACGAACAUGUUUCUAAUGAUGAUGAUGAUCAUGAUCAUGAUGAUCAUAGUGUGGGACUUGAAGAUUUUGAAAUUCUCAAGGUUGUUGGGCAAGGUUCUUUCGGGAAGGUUUAUCAAGUGAGGAAGAGUGGUACUUGUGAAGUAUAUGCAAUGAAGGUCAUACGUAAGGAUAAGACUUUGGAGAAAAAUCAUGUUGAGUACAUGAAAACUGAGAGAGAUAUACUCACCAAAGUGAAUCAUCCUUUCAUAGUGCAACUCAAAUACUCUUUUCAGACCCAGUAUAGAUUGUAUCUUGUGCUCGAUUUCAUCAAUGGUGGCCACCUUGGCUAUCAUCUUUAUUGUCAAGGCUUGUUCAGAGAGGAUUUGGCUCGAUUUUAUACUGCUGAGAUCGUUUCUGCUGUUUCCUAUCUUCAUGAAAAUGGCAUAAUGCACAGAGAUAUAAAGCCUCAAAAUAUUCUUCUUGAUGCCGAGGGCCAUAUAAUGUUGACUGAUUUUGGCCUGGCAAAACAAUUUGAUGAGAACACAAGAUCAAGUUCUAUAUGUGGAACCCUCGAAUACAUGGCGCCGGAGAUUGUUCAGGGACGAAAUCAUGACAAGGCUGCAGAUUGGUGGAGUGUGGGAAUUCUCCUUUAUGAAAUGCUCACUGGGAAGCCUCCAUUUAAUGGUGGAAAGAGACAGAAAAUCCAGCAGAAGAUAGUAAAAGACAAGAUCAAGCUGCCUGGAUUUCUGUCUAGUGAAGCACAUUCAUUAUUGAAAGGACUUCUUAAAAAAGAUGCAAGCAUGCGCCUUGGCAGUGGACCAAAUGGGAGUAUUGACAUAAAAAACCACAAGUGGUUUAAGACAAUCAAUUGGAAAAAAUUGGAGGCAAGAGAAAUUAAGCCAAGUUUUCUUCCCAAAGUUGAAGGAGAUCUUUGUGUGGCCAAUAUUGAUGAAUACUGGACCGAAAUGGCCUUAGUGGAAUCACCAGCUUCAACUCCAAAAUUCACUAGUGAAAACCCCUUUAAGAAAUUUAGUUAUGUCAGGAAAAGGGAUGCCUCGUAG